GGAUCUGAUUUCCUCAGCGGUCCAGGAUGGAGUCCAUGGCGCCCCGGACCCUCCUCCUGCUGCUCGCGGGGGCCCUGGCCCUGACCGAGACCCGGGCGGGUUUCCACUCCCUGAGAUAUUUCUACACCGCCGUGUCCCGGCCCGAACUCGGGGAGCCCCGCUUCAUUGUCGUGGGCUACGUGGACGACACGCAGUUCGUGCGCUUCGACAGCGACGCCGAGAACCCGAGGAUGGAACCGAGGACGUCGUGGAUUCGGCAGGAAGAGCAGGAGUACUGGGACUGGGAGACGCGGAACUUGAAGAACUCCGCACAGACUUUCCGCGGGAGCCUGAACACCCUGCUCCACUACUACAACCAGAGCAAGGCCGGCUCUCACACCAUCCAGGUGAUGUACGGCUGCGAGGUCGGGGCGGACGGGCGCCUCCUCCGCGGGUAUGAGCAGCACGCCUAUGAUGGCAAGGACUACAUCGCCCUGAAUGAGGACCUGCGCACCUGGACCGCGGCCGACAUGGCGGCUCAGAACACCAAGCGCAAGUGGGAGGCUGCGGGUAAAGCUGAGCAACAGAGGGCCUACCUGGAGGGCAGGUGCGUGGAGUCCCUGCGCAGAUACCUGGAGAUGGGAAAGGACACUCUGCAGAGAGCAGACCCACCCACAGCACAUGUGACUCACCACCCAGUCUCUGACCAGAAGGCCACCCUGAGGUGCUGGGCCCUCGGCUUCUACCCCAAGGACAUCACACUCACCUGGCGCCGAGAUGGGGAGGACCUGACCCAGGACACAGAGCUGGUGGAAACCAGAUCUGCAGGAGAUGGAACCUUCCAGAAGUGGGUAGCUGUGCUGGUGCCUUCUGGAGAGGAGCAGAGAUACACAUGCCACGUGGAGCAUGAGGGGCUGCCUGAGCCCCUCACCCUGAGAUGGGAGCCUCCUCAGCCCACUGUGCCCAUGUGGGGAGUCAUCGCUGGCCUGGCCCUCCUGGCAGCUGUGCUCCUUGGAGCUGUGGUCACUGCUGUGGUGAUGAUGAAGAGGAAGCGCUCAGGUGGGAAAGGAGGGAUCUACAUUAAGACUGCAGGUGGGGACAGUUCCCAGAGCUCUGAUUCCUCUCUCAUAACUUGAAAGUUUGAGACAACCGCCUUGUUACGAGAUUUACUGAAGUCUCCAUCUUUGUUUUUUUUCAAAAAGCCCUGCCUUCCCUUCCUGCAAAGGCAGCUGACUGUGUUACUGUGGGCACAGUGUAAGGUGGGAGCCUGGCCCUCCCAGCCCAGCACGGGCACCUCUGUCCCUGUCUCAAGUCAGGUGCAUUUGCUGCAGCUUCAUCCUUCACUGCGCAAUUCAUUUUUUCAAUUCCAAUCACGAGGUGUUGGUGAGAAAAUUAAAAGAGGAAAUUCCAAAAAUUGGACAGAGAAAAUAAACAGAAGCACCAAGAACCUUCCAGA